CGCAACAACGUCUUUGCUUUUUUUCGCAGUUCAGAGACACACAUUGCUGUUUAGCUAUAUAAUACUCGUCAUGGCAACUGAAAUCACUUUUGACACGACUAUGGGCUCGUUCUCGGUAGAACUCUACAAUACGCAUGCACCAAAGACAUGCCACAAUUUCGCGACCCUCGCGCAGAGAGGGUAUUACAACAAUGUCAUCUUCCAUCGCAUCAUCUCCAACUUCAUGGUACAAACCGGUGAUCCGACUGGCACUGGCCGAGGAGGAACUUCAAUCUACGGCGAGAAAUUCGAGGAUGAGAUUCGUAACGAUCUGAAGCAUACGGGGGCUGGAAUUCUGAGCAUGGCGAACAGUGGACCGAACACCAACGGCAGCCAGUUCUUCGUCACCCUUGCGCCGACCCCGUGGCUGGAUGGAAAGCACACAAUUUUCGGCAGGGUCAAAAGCGGUAUGCGAGUGAUCCAGCGCAUGGGACUGGUCAAGACAAAUGCCGAAGAUAAACCAAUGGACGAGGUCAAAAUCAUCCGGGCCAAGGUGGUGGAAGACCGAGCGGAGGAGUGAGCUGGUCUCGAAAUCAAGCAUAUCGCGGGCAAUUCGGACGACAUAGACAGGCUUGUCUUUACAAUAUAUCCCAUCAACUCUCAUCUCUACCAGAGGUGGAUCAUUCGUGUCCGUCACCUGGGAGUCGGGCAACCCAUUACCUGCGGGAGUCACAAGCACAGCUUGCUUCAAUAACGCAGUAUAGCGAAAGGUUGCCCAACGCAUUCAGGCCGAGACCGAGCAAGUACUUUAUUACAAGACUUCUGUCUACAUUGGCGAGUGUGUAUAUAGAGCCAAAUACAGAAGAUAAAUAGUGGAAUGUAUCACUACAAAACGAACCGCUUCCAUCAAAUGUUUCCAUCCAGAGCAGCAGAUACAGAGUGAUAGAUCUUCUCUGCCACUCCCAUAGACAAGACCAGUGAAGGCUUAUCAGAGACGACUCCGCUAUGAAUAGAGCGCAGCCUGUCUUUGAGGGAG